AGACCAGGUUGAGUCCAGGGGCCAAUGCCAAGGCCAGCAUCGCGUUCAGCGGGUGGACCAACACAGCCUAAAGUGGGGGUCAGAGGUCUUCUGGCCCCCUCAAGCCCCCGUGGGAGCCACCACCCCAGGGUCUUCUGGGGAUAGGCCGCGAGAGGAGCCUGGCGGCAUCACGGUGGGGAGGGAGCUUGGCCUCCCCCCACCACUUGUCUCUGUCUCCCUUUCCAGGUCCAGCAUAUGGGUGAGGGGGCACCCCCUGGGGCCUGAGCUGCCCCGCACAGGAUGCCCCGUGCCCCCCACUUCAUGCCCUUGCUGCUACUGCUGCUCCUGCCCUCGCUUCACCACACGCAGGCCGCCUUUCCCAAGGACCCCCAUCCUCUGUUGGUCUCUGACCUGCAAGGUACUUCCCCCUUGUCCUGGUUCCGGGGCCUGGAGGAUGAUGCUGUAGCUGCAGAACUUGGGCUGGACUUUCAGAGAUUCCUGACCUUGAACCGGACCUUGCUAGUGGCUGCCCGGGAUCACGUUUUCUCCUUCGAUCUUCAAGCCCAAGGAGAAGGAGAGGGGCUGGUGCCCACCAAGUAUCUGACAUGGAGGAGCCAAGCUGUGGAGAACUGUGCUGUCCGGGGAAAGCUGACGGACGAGUGCUACAACUACAUCCGUGUUCUGGUUCCCUGGGACUCCCAGACCCUCCUUGCCUGUGGAACGAACUCCUUCAGCCCCGUGUGCCGCAGCUAUGGGAUAACUUCGCUGCAGCAAGAGGGUGAGGAGCUGAGUGGGCAGGCUCGAUGCCCCUUUGAUGCCACCCAGUCCAACGUGGCCGUCUUUGCAGAGGGCAGCCUGUACUCGGCCACAGCUGCGGAUUUCCAGGCCAGCGAUGCUGUAGUUUACAGAAGCCUUGGGCCUCAGCCCCCGCUCCGCUCCGCCAAGUACGACUCCAAGUGGCUCCGAGAGCCGCACUUUGUCCAUGCCUUGGAGCACGGAGACCACGUCUACUUCUUCUUCCGCGAGGUCUCCGUGGAGGAUGCGCGGCUGGGGAGGGUGCAGUUCUCCCGCGUAGCCCGCGUGUGCAAACGUGACAUGGGUGGCUCGCCGCGGGCCUUGGACCGCCAUUGGACAUCCUUCCUGAAGCUGCGCCUCAACUGCUCGGUCCCGGGGGACUCGACCUUCUAUUUUGACGUCUUACAGGCUUUGGCUGGGCCUGUGCACCUGCAUGGUCGCUCUGCUCUCUUUGGGGUCUUCACCACGCAGACCAAUAGCAUCCCUGGCUCUGCGGUCUGCGCCUUCUACCUAGAUGAUAUUGAGCGUGGGUUUGAGGGCAAGUUCAAGGAGCAGAGGAGUCUGGAUGGGGCCUGGACCCCCGUGUCUGAGGACAGGGUCCCCUCACCCAGGCCAGGCACCUGUGCGGGUGUAGGCGGAGCUGCCUCGUUCUCCUCUUCUCGAGACCUCCCUGAUGACGUCCUGACCUUCAUCAAAGCUCACCCUCUGCUGGACCCCGCAGUGCCCCCCGCCACCCACCAGCCUCUCCUCACUCUCACUAGCAGGGCCCUCCUGACCCAGGUAGCUGUGGAUGGCAUGGCCGGUCCCCACAGCAACACCACAGUCAUGUUCCUUGGCUCCAAUGAUGGCACCGUGCUGAAGGUGCUGCCCCCGGAUGGGCGAUCUGGGGGAGCUGAGCCCAUCAUCCUGGAAGAGAUCGAUGCCUACAGUCCCUUCCGGUGCAGUGGGAAGCGGGCGGCCCAGAUGGCGCGGCGGAUCAUAGGCCUGGAGCUGGACACCGAGGGUCACAGGCUCUUUGUGGCUUUUUCUGGCUGUAUCGUCUACCUCCCUCUGAGCCGGUGCGGCCGGCAUGGAGCCUGUCGGAGGAGCUGCCUGGCUUCACGGGACCCUUACUGCGGAUGGCAUAGCUCCAGAGGCUGUGUGGAUAUCAGGGGUCCUGGCGGGGCUGAUGCGGACCGGGCUGGGAACCAGGAAGCCGUGGAGCAUGGUGACUGCCAAGAUGGAGCCACUGGGAGUCAGUCUGGCCCCGGGGAUUCCGCUUAUGUGCUUCUGGGUGCUGGCCCUCCCCUUGGGACCCCCAGUCCCCCCAGUGAUGCCCACCCCUGGCCCCAGCCUUCCACUCUCGGAGCUUACACUCAGG